UCAUCAUGAAAAUACAUUAUCAGUGACAAAAAGUCCGAAACCAAGACGGGAUAAAGUCAUUGCUGAAAGACUGUAGACGAUAGGCAGUUUGCGCUAGUUAGUUGUUUAAUACUUUGAAACAAAUGAAGAGAGUAAUUUAUAUUGCUCUGCUAUGGCAUAAUAUGUUUGCUAACGCAAAGGAACCAGAGCUGCCUCCGUGUCCAGCAAAUAUACAAUAUUUGCCCCAAAACCUGCCGAUGCAUUGUCGAAUGCCGAUCAGGGUUGACCAGAAAACGCAACCUUUUCAGCUACCUCCAGGAUUCCAAGUCAUUCAGGGGAUGCAGAGCUUGCCGGGAAUGCAGAUGAUGGCAGCCCUCCCGGGACCACCGGCUCCUCAGCAGGUCAUGGCAGGUCCACCACCACCGCCGCAACUUAUGCAACAAUUCCCAGCAAUGCCGGGUUUAGCGGCACCGAUGAUGCCCCAAAAGUUGCCGGUCGUGGUGAUGCCGUACUACUCGCCAGUAUCAACCAAGAAGGAGCCCGAACGCCGACGUCACAGUCGCAAUGGUAGACGUAUGUAUGUAAGUGAUGAAACCAGUGAUGUAGAUUCAAAUGGAUCCCUGUCCGAGGAAGAUGCUAGAUAUAAUACGAGAAGACAUCACAGAGAGAAAAGAAGGAAACUCAAGCUAAAAAAGCAAAUGCUCACACCGCUUCUUCAAUAUGUUACUAAAGAUGGAUACGUGAUAUACGAAAAGAAAAUUUCUAAUGGAGAAGCUAAAAAGUGGCUUAGUAAAGAUGAGAACAAUGACGAUCAUAAUAAUGAAAAAGACUCUCAAGAACGACAUAAGGAACUUAAGAAUGCUAGUAUUAAUGAAUUAAUGAAUAAACAGAAAAUACUGCGUGUUAGAAAAAUGCCUAAAAAAGCCGAGAAGAACUAA